AUGCCCGGUCCUUUAUUUCUUCUCAGAGGCAAAUUCUUCCCACCCAAGCAAAUCACAACGACUUUCGAAGGCAAGACCGUGAUCGUGACAGGGUCAAACUCCGGCGUGGGUUAUGCAACCGCCCUCAAAUAUGUCCAACUCGCCGCAUCAACAGUCAUUCUGGGUGUCAGGAGUCUGCAGAAGGGCGAGCUGGCAAAAUCGCAAAUUGAAAAAGCCACAGGACGGGCAGGCGUUGUCCAAGUAUGGCAAUUGGACAUGGCUAGCUUCGAAAGCAUCGAUGCAUUCGCCAAGCGAGUUGAGAGCUUGAAAAGGGUCGAUAUCGUUGUUCUCAACGCAGGUAUCAUGACUCGCACGUUCAAGGUGUCUGAGAAGGGAUGGGAGAACAAUCUUCAAGUCAAUACUCUUGGGACUGCGCUCUUAGCGAUCCUCCUCGCCCCAAAGCUGCAGGCGUCCCAUACUGCAAAUUCACCGGCACAUCUGGUUGUAGUCACAUCGACAGGGCAUAUUGAUGUGCAGUUGAAACCUCAAGACGAAGAUCGGCUUCUCCACAAAUACAACAGUGACCUUGGGGUGGGACCGUAUCAGCAGCAUGUGGCCUCUAAGCUAUUCAUGAUGUGGAUUACAAGAGAGCUAGCAUAUCGCUGUGUCGAUGGCAAAGGCAAACCAACGGUGAUUGUUAAUGAUGCGUGUCCUGGUGCAUGCCGAAGCGACGUCGCAAGAGAGUUCGACAGCACUCUAUUCGUCGUUAUCAAGGGCAUCGGCUCUUAUUUGCUUUUGAGACCUGCAGAAAAUGGCGCUCGCGUGCUUGUUGGCGCAUCCACUUUAGGGGAGGAUUCACACGGACGGUGGUUGUCUGCAGAUGGAAGCUACGGGCAAGCUGGCAAGUAUAUUACGAGUGACGAAGGCAAGAUCUUGCAGAAGGCAAUGUGGACUGAAGUCGUCGAUGUUCUUGAGGAGAAAAUCCCUCGGGUCAAGGAUGCGGUUGCGAGUCUGUCCGAGUGA